AAAAACCAUAUGGCCGAAGCAAGUUUUGACACGAUACAAAACGUUAACAAUUGUAUAUUAUUAAUUGCAAAAGAAAGUGCUUUUUUGCGGCGUUUAAUUUAUUAAUUUUUAUUAUGUACAGUGUAUAAGAAAUUUUAAUUUUACAAUUAAAAAACAAUGGCUGAAUCUAGUGAAAAUUCCUUAGCACUUUUACAAAAUGAAGAAGAUUUACCCUACGAAGAGGAAAUAUUACGAAAUCCUUAUUCAGUGAAACAUUGGCAAAGAUAUAUUGAUCAUCUGAAAGCAACAAAGAGUGCCAAUUUGAAUAUUGUUUACGAACGUGCCCUCAAAGAAUUGCCAGGAAGUUAUAAACUGUGGAACAAUUAUCUUCGACUACGAUUGAAAAAAUUGAAGGAUCAAGUCAAAGGAAACAUACAACAUCCACUUUACGAAGAUGUGGCCAAUGCUUUCGAACGUGCAUUAGUUUGGAUGCAUAAAAUGCCUCGGAUAUGGAUAAACUAUUGUAUCUUUAUGACAGAUCAGGGUUUUAUAACGCAAACACGUCAUGUUUUUGACAAAGCUCUCCGGGCAUUGCCAAUCACUCAACAUCAUCGAAUUUGGCCACUUUACCUAAAUUUUGUCAAAAUGCAUAAUAUUCCCGAGACUGCCGUUAGAGUUUUCAGAAGAUAUCUCAAGAUGGCACCAGAGGACACGGAAGAUUACAUAGAGUAUCUGAUAUCAAUAGAUCGUUUAGAUGAAUCUGCAACUCAACUUGCGCAUAUUGUUAAUCAAGAUGACUUUGUUUCAAAGCACGGAAAAUCCAAGCAUCAAUUAUGGUCCGAAUUAUGUGAUUUAAUAUCGAAACACCCGACACAAAUAAAAACACUUAAUGUCGAUGCAAUUAUAAGAGGUGGUCUUCGACGUUAUACUGAUUCAUUGGGUUCGUUGUGGAAUUCCCUAGCCGAUUAUUACAUUCGCAGUGGACUUUUCGAGAGGGCCAGAGAUAUCUACGAGGAAGCUAUACAAACUGUCAAGACUGUAAGAGAUUUUACCCAAGUAUUCGAUGCAUACGCACAAUUUGAAGAAUUGAGUUACAAGAAAGUUUUAGAAGAAAAUGUAACCAGUCCAAAUCUUUCUGAAGAAGAUGAAAUAGAAGAAGAAUUGAGGCUUGCUCGAUAUGAAAAUCUCCUCGAGAGACGUUUAUUAUUACUUAAUUCUGUAAUGUUAAGACAAAAUCCUCACAAUGUUCAAGAAUGGCAUAAACGAGUUACGCUUUACGAAGGAGAACCGCACGAGAUUAUCAAUACGUACACAGAGGCAGUGAGUACAGUCCAGCCAGAAUUAGCCGUUGGAAAAUUGCACACACUAUGGGUGGAAUUUGCCAAGUUUUAUGAGAAUAAUUCCCAAAUACCGGAUGCGAGAGUUGUAUUUGAAAAAGCAACUCUCGUUCAAUAUUUAAAAGUAGACGAUCUCGCUUCAGUUUGGUGUGAAUGGGCAGAAAUGGAAAUUAGACACAAUAAUAUAACAGAGGCCUUAAGACUCAUGCAACGUGCGACUGCAAUGCCAACACGGAAAGUUGCCUAUCACGACGAAAAUGAAUCGGUUCAAAUGAGAUUGUAUAAAUCUUUAAAAGUUUGGUCAAUGUACGCGGAUUUGGAGGAGAGCUUUGGAACAUUUAAAAUGUGUAAAGCGGUUUAUGACAAAAUAAUCGACCUAAAAAUUGCAACACCUCAAAUUAUUAUAAACUAUGGAGUAUUUCUAGAAGAAAACAAUUACUUCGAAGAAGCUUUCAGAGCUUACGAAAAAGGAAUUGCUCUCUUCAAAUGGCCGAAUGUUUACGACAUAUGGAACACCUAUCUGCAAAAGUUUAAAAAACGUUACGAGGGAACAAAAUUGGAACGUAUGCGAGAUUUAUUUGAACAAUGUCUCGAACACUGUCCUCCGAAAUACGCCAAAAAUUUAUAUUUAUUGUACGCAAAAUUGGAGGAGGAUUAUGGUCUCGCAAGACACGCAAUGUCAGUCUAUGAACGUGCCACAGAUGCUGUUUUACCUGAAGAAAAAUUCGAGAUGUUUAACGUCUACAUCCAGAAAGCGGCAAAUAUUUAUGGUGUUCCGCAAACAAGGACAAUUUACGAGAAAGCUAUCGAAGUUCUUACCGAAGAAAAUGCGAGGGAGAUGUGUCUGCGUUUUGCGGAAAUGGAAACUAAAUUAGGAGAAGUCGAUCGUUCGAGAGCAAUUUAUGCAUUUUGCUCGCAAAUGUGCGAUCCUCGGACCACAUCAAACUUUUGGCAAGUUUGGAAAGAAUUCGAGGUUCGCCAUGGAAAUGAGGACACAAUGCGUGAAAUGUUGAGAAUAAAACGUAGCGUUCAAGCUAAAUACAAUACGAACGUGAAUAUGAUGGCUGCACAAAUGCAAAAUAGUGCCACAAGCCAAAUUACUGAACCUAUGGAUGCAAUGCGAUUACUGGACAGCAAAGUAUCUGAAAUGCCUCCUCCACCAGCACCGAAGAAUACGAUUAAAUUUAUACGCGGUGAAACGGAAGGUGGAAAAACAGCAGAACCACAAGUCACUAAUCCUGACGAAAUUGAUAUCGAUAUGGAUAUGGAUAACGAUGACGACGAUAAUGACGACAAUGAUGACGAGGUCGAUGAAAAUGGACAAGAAACUGAAGAUAUUCCAAUAGAAAAACAGAUUAUACCAUCUCAAGUGUUUGGUAGUCUACGAAAAAAAGACGACGAUGAUGAUAGCUCGUGAAUAGCAAGUCUGUAAUAUUUUUUAAUAAAGCGUUUUUUACGUA